CUGUGCUGCCUCCCCGUCAGACGACGCAGAGAGGGAGAGAAAGAGAAGAAGAAGCGGGUAGAAACUCGCCCCAAACUUUAGGAAAAAAACUUAAUUUAAAACCAACACUGCUUCGUGCUUUUUAAAGUACAUCGGAGACUUUACGCGCCGCUUUUGGAGACGUUUACGCGUCAGGCUGUGCGCGUAACGGAAAGCCCACCUGUCCGACGAAGGUAGAUUUCACUCCGUUUCUCGUAGGAUGUGAAUCUUCCUGAUUUUUGUGAAAUAACGGAGCAGAGCGAGCAGGCAGCCGGGGGGCUCGGGGUCAGAGCUGGCUCUGGUUAAAAACAUGUGCAGCCCUGUGACCAACAGCAGCGCAGAGGCUGUAGAGGAGUGAGUCUUUCCAGGGGACGGGGAAAAACGCAAAGCAACGUUUCCACUCUUCCACACUCGGAGGAUGGAUGGAGAACAUUCUGCGCUGUCAGGAGUUGAGAGGGAGAGAGAGAGGCUCCCACCAAUUUACAACAGCUCCCCUCCUGCUGGUUUGGGGCGAGGAGCCAAGCAGCCUUUUCCAUCUCUGGGCACCUUCAUCUCCACGCUCAGCCAGAGGAGGGACAUGGCUGGACGUGGACUGGCUGGCGGCAUCAUGGGCAACUUGACCGGUAACCACGGACUCAGACACGGGAGAGAGCUGCCUCCGAUAUGCAGCGAUGUUCGUCAAAAGCAUCGGCUCUCCAUCGACACUCUUCCUCCAGAGGUCAAAGCUCCAUUCCCCUCUGACCCCAUCAUCCCCCUGCGCACCAAGACUACCAAGGAGUUUCAGGAGGACAUGGAGCGUGCCCUCCAAUCAGGAGACUGGAGGGAGGUCCGGGAGUUUUACCUGACAACCUUUGACUCCUUCAUAGAAAUCAACGCUGCCUUCAAGCGAGAGGCGAAUGGAUUGUUUAACACUAUAGAGGACUCAGGAGUCAACACCAAGUUUGUCAACGCUGUUUAUGACGCACUGCUCAACACGCCUCAGGACAUCCAGAAGUCAGUGCUGAAAGGGAUCAUUAACAGCCUGCUGAGGGAGUGGAAAGGGCCUCGGACAAAAGAUGAUCUGCGAGCUUACUUCAUUCUCGUUCAGAACCCACAGUACUCAAGCACCAGCACCUAUGUGAUCUAUGCUCACCUGCUCAGGCAGAUCGCAGCUUUGUCUGAGGCUGACCAUCACUUCCUGGUUCACUGGUUUAAAAAACUGUCUGCAAGGCGUUUCAGACAACUGGUAGAGCGCCUCCUGCAGUUCAUCUCCACUCGCCUGUUUCCAGCAGAACCAGAUGAAUUUCCUCCUCUGUCCAAGUGCGCCUGGUGGAUUCCCUCUGCAACCAAAGUGUUUUCUUUCUGUCAGUUUCCCUUCAUCCUCUCGACGGUGGUAAAAAAAGCCAUCAUCCAGAAAGACUCGGAGCAACAGAUGAUCAGUCAGGCCAGGCAAAGUCUGGUCAGUAAAGUUUCUCGCAGGCAGAGAGUGGACAUGAACCUUCUGUUUCUCAACAUUAAAGUACGACGAGCACAGCUUCUCAGCGACUCACUGGAUGAGCUGACGAGGAAGCGAUGCGAUCUAAAGAAGAAGCUGCGGGUGACUUUUGUCGGGGAGGCGGGGCUGGACAUGGGCGGCUUGACGAAAGAGUGGUUCCUGCUACUCGUCCGACAAAUCUUCCACACAGACUACGGGAUGUUUACCUACAUGAAGGACUCACGCUGCCAUUGGUUCAGCAGUUGGAAGUGUGACAACUACUCUGAGUUCCAGUUGGUCGGGACUGUAUCCUUUAUGAAGAACAACAACAAACAUCAGGGUAUGUGCGAGCUUUAA